AUGUCAUCUAAGCCGCCUCAGCAUUUGAUCAUCGUCUGCUGCCACGGUAUCUGGCUCGGCGGGCCUCAGCGAGGGUUUGAUGAGUCGGAAUGGCUCAUUGCGGGAUUCCAAGCUGGCGAGACGCCGACCUUCAUUGAGCAUAUCAAGGCUGGCCUUCGCGUGCUCAAAGAUGAACAGGACGCUGUCUUGACCUUUUCUGGAGGUGCGACACGGAAAGGGACGCGGUUGUCCGAGGCAAGCAGCUACGGCAAUCUAGCCGAGGCAAACUCAUUUUUCAGUGUUAUAUCCGCAAGCGAGGCACCGAAGAGGAUUCACUGUGAAGAGAAAGCUCUGGACUCGUACUCGAACGUGCUCUACUCGCUCAUCCAGUUCUGGCAUAUCUAUGGUACCUGGCCCUGGAGAAUUACCUUCGUCAGUCACGCUUUCAAGCGUGAGCGCCUUGUCGACUGUCACUGCGGCGCCAUUGGGUUCCCAUUGAGUCAGGUAGACUUCGUUGGUAUUGAUCCACCUGGCAUGGCCGACGGGACCAACGAGGCUGCAGUCAAAGGCGUCAGCGAGGCAGUCACGCAAUGGAAGGAGGAUCCUCACGGGAAAGGCGAUAUCCUGGCUGGCAAGAGGGCCAACAGAAACCCUUGGGGUAUAUCUCUUGACCUGUUUGCCAACGAAGAUGACAGAGGCCGCAGUGGUGUACGAUCAAUGUUUCGCGGCGGACAGGAAUACCUUGAGGAAGGAUUAGCUCAGCCAUGGUCGAAGCAGUCAAAGGAAUGA